GAUCAGAACACAAAGACUCAGUCAUAUUUACACUUUCUCUACACAAUGCUUCAACCCUUCACCAACCACACCUCAUCCUUAAACCUCCCAUAAUCAUAAAUCAUCACUUCAUAUUUACAAACUUUUGUACAACUUUAUCACACAAGAUAAAAUAGUUAAGUAGCCAAAGAUGGAAGAAGCAAGAGCCAUGGGUUCGAUAAGGCGAACCGCGAGCCGAACCAUGAGCAGGAACCGGAGCACGGCUUGGAGGAUGGAUGACGUGUUUAGCGGUAGCAGGGGUGGCAGCUACAACCGGCGGUCGAGCCGACACUCGGAGGAAGAUGAAGAGGCGCUUAGAUGGGCGGCUUUGGAGAAACUACCAACUUAUGACCGGUUACGAACCACCAUCAUGAAGUCUUAUAUGAACGAUGAUGAUGAAAACCAAAGAGGGUAUAAUAAGAAUAAUGUGAUGCACAAAGAAAUUGAUGUAACAAAGCUUGAUCCCAAUGAAAGACAGCAGUUUAUUGAUCGGAUUUUUAAGGUGGCUGAGGAAGAUAAUGAAAAGUUCUUGAUGAAGUUCAGAAAUCGUAUUGAUAAGGUUGGCAUCACCCUUCCAACGGUAGAAGUACGGUUUGAACGUUUAACAAUCGAAGCCGAUUGCCAUAUUGGAGACAGAGCACUUCCGUCGUUAGCCAAUUCCGCAAGAAAUCUCUUUGAAUUAGCUUUAGGGUGUUUGGGUAUCAGUUUGGCUGAAAAAACCAAACUCACCAUUCUUAAAGAUGUAUCCGGGAUCAUAAAACCCUCAAGGAUGGCACUGUUACUAGGCCCACCGUCAUCUGGAAAAACAACUCUUUUGUUGGCACUGGCCGGAAAGUUGGACCCUAGCCUAAAGGUUAAGGGAGAGAUUACGUACAACGGACAUAAGCUCAAUGAAUUUGUACCUCGGAAGACAUCAGCGUACAUUAGCCAAAACGAUGUUCAUGUUGGAGAAAUGACGGUUAAAGAAACACUAGAUUUCUCUGCAAGGUGCCAAGGAGUUGGCUCACGUUAUGAAUUAUUAACGGAGCUUGCUAGGAGAGAAAAGGAAGCUGGAAUUUUCCCAGAAGCCGAAGUUGAUCUUUUCAUGAAGGCAACAUCAAUGGAAGGAGUUGAGAGCAGUUUAAUUACCGACUACACUCUUAGGAUUUUGGGACUUGAUGUGUGUCGUGACACGAUUGUUGGUGACGAAAUGAUACGAGGGAUCUCCGGAGGUCAAAAGAAACGAGUGACAACAGGAGAGAUGAUUGUUGGCCCUACCAAAACAUUGUUUAUGGACGAAAUAUCAACCGGGCUAGACAGCUCUACAACGUUCCAGAUUGUGAAAUGUCUCCAACAAAUUGUGCACCUUACGGAUGCAACUAUCUUAAUGUCCCUACUACAACCUGCACCCGAGACAUUUGACCUGUUUGACGACAUUAUACUGUUGUCAGAAGGCCAGAUCGUAUAUCAAGGCCCCCGAGAACAUGUAGUCGAGUUUUUCGAAAGCUGUGGGUUCAAAUGUCCAGAAAGAAAAGGCACUGCUGACUUCUUACAAGAGGUUACAUCAAAGAAGGAUCAAGAACAGUAUUGGGCCGACAGGACAAAACCAUACAGAUACAUUUCAGUUACAGAAUUCACAAAACGGUUUCAACGGUUCCAUGUUGGGCUACGGCUCGAGAACGAACUCUCAGUUCCAUACGAUAAAUCAAGAAGCCACAAAGCGGCAUUAGUAUUCAAGAAGUUCUUAGUGUCCAAAAAGGAUCUAUUAAAGGCUUCAUGGGACAAAGAAUGGCUACUGAUCCAACGAAACUCAUUCGUUUAUGUUUUCAAAACCGUUCAAAUCAUUAUCGUUGCACUCAUCGGAUCAACAGUGUUUUUAAGGACUAGAAUGCACACAAGAACUGAAGAUGAUGGGGCUGGAUACAUUGGUGCAUUGUUGUUCUGUAUGCUUAUUAAUAUGUUCAAUGGUUUCGCGGAAUUGUCACUUACGAUCCAAAGGCUUCCUGUGUUUUUUAAACAAAGAGACUUGUUGUUUCACCCGCCUUGGGCGUUUACUCUGCCAACUUUCUUGCUUCGGGUGCCUAUAUCGGUUCUUGAGACGACUGUUUGGAUGGUUAUUUCGUAUUACACGAUUGGGUUUGCUCCUGAAGCUAGUAGGUUCUUUAAACAGUUCUUGUUGAUAUUUUUGGUACAACAAAUGGCGGCUGGAAUCUUUCGCGUUAUUUCUGGAGUUUGUAGAACAAUGAUCAUUGCGAACACCGGGGGAGCGCUUGUUCUCCUCCUUGUGUUUCUUUUGGGUGGUUUCAUCCUUCCUAAAGGUCAAAUUCCGGACUGGUGGGAGUGGGCUUAUUGGGUUUCACCUAUGACGUAUGCGUACAAUGCUAUAUCCGUUAACGAGAUGUUUGCUGAUAGAUGGAUGAGUAGAAAUGCUUCGGAUAAUGCUACCAAGUUGGGUAUACAAGUUCUAAAAAACUUCGAUGUUCCUACCGAGAGUAACUGGUAUUGGAUUGGAACCGGUGCUCUUGUUGGUUUUACGGUUCUACUAAACGUUUUAUUCACCUUGGCUCUCAUGUAUUUAGAUCCACUCGGGAAACCCCAAGCAGUAAUAUCGAAAGAAACAGCCUCGGAAAUGGAAGCUAACCAAGAAGACACACAAGAAACACCAAGGCUUAGAACAUCUACAUCAAAGAGAGAAAAACUUCCUAAGUCUUUAAUUGCUGCUGAUGGAAACAAUACAAGGGAAAUGGCUAUGCACCGAAUGAACAGUCGAAAUGGAGCCCAUGGAUUAUAUAGAGAUGAAGAUUUAUAUAGAAACGAAGAUUCAAAUAUCGAUGCUGCAAAUGGCGUAUCUCCUAAAAAAGGGAUGGUUUUACCAUUCACUCCUCUUGCCAUGUCGUUCGACACUGUAAACUAUUACGUUGAUAUGCCCGCUGAAAUGAAAGAACAAGGUGUCCCAGAAGAUAGGCUGCAAUUACUACGCGGUGUAACGGGUGCAUUUAGGCCUGGAGUUCUUACCGCUUUAAUGGGAGUCAGUGGUGCUGGAAAAACUACGUUAAUGGAUGUUUUGGCGGGACGGAAAACAGGUGGAUAUAUUGAAGGUGAUAUAAGGAUUUCUGGAUUUCCCAAGAUUCAAGAAACGUUUGCAAGAAUUUCUGGAUAUUGUGAACAAACUGAUAUCCAUACGCCCCAGAUCACUAUCCGGGAGUCUUUAAUAUAUUCAGCGUUCCUUCGACUUCCCAAAGAAGUUAGCGAUGAAGAAAAGAUGACUUUCGUUGACCAAGUGAUGGAGCUAGUUGAAUUAGACAAUCUCAAAGACGCAAUCGUGGGACUUCCAGGAAUUACUGGUUUAUCAACAGAACAAAGAAAAAGGUUAACGAUCGCAGUUGAGCUUGUUGCUAAUCCUUCUAUUAUUUUCAUGGAUGAACCAACUUCCGGGCUUGAUGCAAGAGCAGCCGCCAUUGUAAUGAGAACGGUUAGAAAUACAGUUGAUACAGGAAGAACAGUUGUGUGCACUAUUCACCAACCUAGCAUCGACAUUUUCGAAGCGUUUGAUGAGUUGUUGUUAAUGAAAAGAGGUGGACAAGUGAUCUAUGCUGGACCACUAGGCAGGAAUUCCAAAAAAGUUGUCGAAUACUUUGAGGAAAUACCUGGGGUACCAAAAAUACCAGAAAAGUACAAUCCGGCAACAUGGAUGUUGGAAGUAAGCUCGAUUGCCGCUGAGGCUAGACUUGGAAUCGAUUUUGCGGAACAUUACAAAUCAUCAGCUUUGCAUGAAAGAAACAAAGGUUUGGUGAAAGAGUUAAGCACACCUCCACCAGGUGCAAAAGAUCUUUACUUUCCAACACAAUAUUCUCAAUCAACAUGGGCACAAUUCAAAUCUUGCUUAUGGAAACAAUGGUGGAGUUACUGGAGAAGUCCGGAUUAUAAUCUUGUUCGUUAUUUCUUCACUUUGGCUUGUGCACUCAUGGUUGGUACCAUUUUCUGGAAAGUUGGGCAAAAAAGAGAAAGCAGUACUGAUUUACAAACCAUCAUUGGAGCUAUGUAUGCUGCGAUCCUUUUUGUCGGUAUCAAUAAUUGCUCAACUGUACAACCAAUUGUAGCGACAGAAAGAACCGUCUUUUAUAGAGAAACAGCUGCUGGAAUGUAUUCUGCAUUACCAUAUGCCAUGGCACAGGUUUUUGUGGAGAUACCAUAUGUAUUAGUUCAAACAACAUAUUACACGCUCAUAGUGUAUGCCAUGGUGGCGUUCGAAUGGACAGCGGCUAAAUUCUUUUGGUUCUUUUUUAUCAACUUUUUCUCGUUUCUCUACUUCACAUAUUAUGGAAUGAUGACGGUUUCCAUAACGCCAAACCACCAAGUAGCAGCUAUAUUCGCAGCCGCUUUCUACUCGCUUUUUAAUCUCUUUUCUGGUUUCUUUAUCCCAAGACCGAAAAUACCCAAGUGGUGGAUAUGGUACUACUGGAUUUGCCCGAUGGCAUGGACCGUGUAUGGUGCGAUUGUUUCACAAUAUGGUGAUGUGGAGGCCACCAUUACGGUGCCCGGGAUGUCAAAUAAGCCGACAAUUAAAUGGUAUGUGGAAGACCAUUUUGGUUAUGAUCCAAAUUUUAUGGCACCUGUUGCUAUAGUUUUGGUUGGUUUUGCGGCUUUUUUUGCUUUUAUGUAUGCUUAUUGCUUGAAGACAUUGAACUUUCAAAUGCGAUAGGUAGGAAAAACAAUUUGUAAAAUAUAGAUAUGUAUUUUUAUUAAGCUAUUGAGAUGGUAACACUUGCAUAUAGCUAUCCGGAUU